CAAGGAGCUCCAGAUUUUCAUUGGACCUCAGAUCAUAUAGUCCGUUUCAGAUUGUUGCCGGUGACGGUUGAAACAGUACCGGCGAAAUAUUUUGUUAUGACCUCAGCAAGUUUCGUAAACAACGGCAUCCGCUUUGUGCUAGAUAAUAAUUAAAUAUAUAAUUUAAAGGAAAAUAUAGGUAGGCUGAAUAAAACAACCUCACGCAGGGGAGAGGUUGGGUGACUGAAGGGAAAUACGUCGAGGAAAGGAGGAUAACAUUUUAAAUUUUUUAAAGAGAUGGACUAAAAGACUGUAAAGCUGUUGCUGCUGGACAAACCCCGUCUGUCGUCGCCGUAGGAUUAUUAUUAAAUCUGAUGUAGUUUUAGGUCGAACUUUUGUCUAUCGCAUAAAGUCGUCGAACAUCGUAAUGACUUCCAGUCCGCAGCGUCUCUCUGCGUCACCGUGUGGCGGGACGACAGCAGAGCUCGAGCAGAACCGUCGGUUUGUCCGUUACUAGUUUUUUGUUGUUGUUGAGGAUAUUAUUUUUGUUUUUUGUUUGUAGAGAUGAGUUCCAACAGGAAAUGUUGCCUGUUCUUCCUGCUGGUCAGAAGUAUCCUGUCGGACACCAGUCAGACCAAUCAAGUGGUUCUGUUGGACACCACAGCUGUUCUGGGUGAGUUGGACUGGAGGACCUACCCAGUGAAUGGGUGGGAUGCGAUAACAGAGAUGGAUGAACAGAACCGACCUAUCCAUACCUUCCAGGUGUGUCAUGUGAUGGAGCCCAACCAGAACAACUGGCUACGGUCCAAUUGGAUCCAGCGCCAGGAAGCACAGAAGGUGUACGUGGAGCUGCGCUUCACCCUGAGAGACUGUAACUCCAUCCCUUGGGUGUCUGGUACCUGCAAGGAGACCUUUAACCUCUUCUACCUCCAGACAGAGGAGGCACACGCCGCCGCCACCCGCUUCAGACCCGCCGACUACGCCAAGGUGGACACCAUCGCUGCCGAUGAGAGCUUCACACAGACGGACCUGGGCGACCGCGUUCUGCGCCUCAACACGGAGGUCAGAGAGGUCGGCCCCGUGACCCAGAAGGGCUUCUACCUGGCGUUCCAGGAUGUGGGGGCGUGUAUCGCUCUGGUCUCCGUCAAGGUGUUCUAUAAGCGCUGUCCAUCCACUCUGAGGAACCUGGCAGCGUUCCCAGACACGGUACCAAGGGUCGACUCCUCCUCGCUGGUGGAGGUGCGGGGAGCGUGCGUGGAGAACGCAGAGGAGAGGGACACGCCCAAACUGUACUGUGGGGCGGACGGGGACUGGCUGGUUCCUCUGGGGCGAUGCGUCUGUAGUCUGGGACAUGAGGAGAUUGACGGAAUCUGCCAGGCGUGUAGACCAGGGUCCUACAAGGCUUUGUCAGGGAUUAUCAAGUGUUCCAAGUGUCCUCCCCACAGUUCCAGCCAUGACCAGGCAGCCACGCUCUGCCACUGUGACAAAGGCUUCUACCGGGCAGCCAAGGACCCCUCCACCAUGGCUUGCACACGGAGGACACUAAACAUGAUGACAGACUAA